AUGGGGCUAGAAGAAUCUCAAAGUAAACAAGGAGGUGAGCCUUCCCAGCUGAUCCCUUGGACUGUUGCUAUUGUUUGCAUUUCACUUCUUGGGGCCUGUUUUAUCGCUAGUUGUCUGGUAACUCAUCACAACUUUCUACGCUGUAAGGGAGGCACCAGAAUGCACAAGUUACUAGAGUACCAUACAAAGCUAACAUGCAUCAGAGAGACUUCAGAACUGGAAGGGAGCGUCUGGAAAUGCUGUCCUGUUGGCUGGAGAGCCUUCCAGUCUCAUUGUUAUCUUCCUCUUAAUGUUAACAAUACGUGGGCUGAGAGUGAAAGAAACUGUUCAGGCAUGGGGGCUCAUCUGGUGACCAUCAGCACGGAAGCUGAGCAGAACUUUAUUAUUCAGUUUUUGGAUAGACGGUUUUCAUAUUUCCUGGGACUUACACAUGAGGACACUGAAGGUCAAUGGCGCUGGGUGGACCAGACACCAUUUAACCCGCGCAUGGUGUUCUGGCAUAGGGAUGAACCCAACAACUAUAAGGAAGAAAACUGUGCUGUUCUUGUUUAUGCAGAAGAUAAAUGGUCCUGGAAUGAUAUUUCUUGUGACUAUGAGAGAAGUAGAAUUUGUAAGACAGCUGCAAUAGCAUUCAACUAGAAACUUAUGAAGUGGGUCUUUUUUUUUUUUUUUUUGUGGUAGAGUCUCACUCUAUCAUUCAGCCUAGCCCUGAGCCCUGGUGUCAGCCUAGCUCACAGCAACUUCAAACUCUUGGGCUCAAGCAAUCUUCCUGCCUCAGCCUCCCCAGUAGCUGGGACUACAGGCACAUGCCACAGUGUCCAGAUAAUUUUUCUAUUUUUAGUAAAGAUCAGGGUUUGCUCCUGGUCAGUCUAGUCUCAAACUCCUGAGCUCAAACAAUCCUCCUGCCUCAGCCUCCCAGAGUGCUAGGGUUAUAGGUGUGAGCUGCUGCACCAAGCUGAAAUGGUUCUUAUAAUGGAAAUGGAAAAGAAGAACCAAUUAGAAUAGUGCAGAAUGUAUAUGCAUCAUCGGAAUAGAGAAAGCUAUUUCAUGCUGGGUUAUACACCAUUUUUAAUCAUGAUGGUCUUAUUAUUUUUGUCCAAUUCACUCAAAAUAACGUGUGUGUGUGUUUGCUGUGUGCAUGUGUUAAGACAAUAUGGUUUUGGAUGGUGUUUUGGUGAAAGGAAUCAUAUUUUCUGUGGAAACCAGUUUUUAUUAGCUUUUGUUUUCUUGAUGAUAUUUCAAAAUGUUUACUUUUCAAUUAGAUGUAUUGAUUACUUUCUAACAGAAUGGAUUGAAUAAUACAGUCUCUUUGUCAUGUUCCCCCUGCUCAGAUUCUUAGCUUUUAAAAUUCAAAGGUGGGAUGUUCUAACUGGUAGUGGUAUAUCAUUUUUUUAACCCAAAUAUCACAAACACAUUAAAUAUUUUAGACAUUUUUAUUGCUUGAUGCUUUAUUUCAGACUUUUUAAUAGUAUCAGUCAUCAUAUUGUCAUUCCAUGAGCACAUUUUUUAGGUCAAUAGUAUAAGCAGUUCUGAAUUAUGGCAUUGCACAUGUACAAAAAUAUAAAUGUAUAUCUUUUUAAAAAUGUACUUCUGACUCCACUCUUCCCAAAGCAGACAGUCUUAAGCUGACUUAAUUUGGUUUUGAGUGGAAAAGUCCUUUACAGGCCACAUUAACCA